AUGAGUUCUUACCAGCAAAAGCAGCCCUUCGUUGCACCUCCUCAGCCUCAACAGCAUCAAGUGAAGCAACCUUGUCAGCCUCCGCCACAAGGAAAAUUUGUUCCCAUAGCCACCUCUGAGCCAUGCCACACUGGUGUUCCACAACCAGGAAACACCAAGAUUCCAGAACCAUGCAGCACCAAAGUGCCUGAGCCAGGCUACACUGUUGUUCUUGAGCCAGAUUAUACUACAGUGCCUGGGUCAUGUUCUACCAACAUCACCGAGCCAGAUUAUACCACAAUUCCUGGGCCAUGCUCGACCAACAUCCCUGGGCCAGAUAACGUGGUUCCUGAGUCAUGCUCUACCAACAUCACUGAGCCAAAUUAUACCACGAUUCCCGGGCCAUGCUCUACUAACAUCCCUGGGCCAGAUACCAUGGUUCCUGGGUCAUGCUCUACCAGCACCACUGAGCCAAAUUAUACCACAAUUCCUGGGCCAUGCACUACCAACAUCCCUGACCCAGGCUGUGCCAUGGUUCCUGGGCCAUGCUCUACCAAUAUCUCUGAGCCAAGUUCAGAGCCAUGUUCUACCAAUGUCCGUGAACCUGGCUACCUGAAUGCCUCAGAGCCCACGAAUGCCAAGGUUCCUGAUCAGGGAUACACCAUGAUACCUGACCAGGGAUACUCUAAGAUACCAGAGCCAUGCCAGUCCAGAACUCCUGAGGUGUGCCCCACAACUGUCACCCCAGGAUUAGCUCAGCAGAAGACCAAGCAGAAGUAAUAUAGUCCAUAUCCAGCCAGGCCCUUGAAGAGCUGAUCACCUGCUGCUGAAGUCUUUUCUGUCUGCUUCAGUGUUCCCAUUUUCUGGAGACCAUGUAACAAUAUUUUGCUACAGUUUCUAUUGGUAACUUAAAAUCGCAUGCUGUUAGGUCUUCUCCAUACCCUCUAAAAUGUAUCCAGAGCCUCUGAGUUAAGCAGACCAUCUUAGUUCCUUGAACGCUCUUUGGGUACUCUAAGUUCAUCUGAAAUGGAACUCCAUGGGAUUUUCUGUGGGAAAAAAAUGCAUGUUUGCCCAUUAAAUAAUUACUUUAAACUCCA